AUUGAUUUUUUAGAUAUCAAUUAAUUUCAUUUAGUUUUGCUUUUUUUAAUAUUAACUAUUUUUCAAUUUAUUACACCUUUAUUGCAAUUAUAGUAAUAACACCGACAAUAAUGAGUAAAAGGAGUGUCAAAAAUCAAAAGAUUUCAAAUAAGAAGAUUAAAAUUAAAGACGAAGAAAUUGAGGGAAUCAGUGAUGAAACUAAUGGCAAAACUGUUAGUGAAAUUGAAGUAAAUAUGAAGAGCGGAGGAGACAAUCGAUCGUUUGAUAACAAAAAGGUUAAUAUGAAGAUAAUGUCGUGGAAUGUGAGUGGACUUCGAGCGGCACUCAAGAAGGAUGCGUUCAAAGCUAUUGAUAAAGAAGAUGCAGAUAUAGUAUGUCUUCAAGAAAUUAAAUGUGAAAAGAAAGAUAUUCCCGAAGAGAUCAAUGUUUGGCAAAAAUAUCGGUUUAAAUACUACUGUUCCGCACAAACCAAAGGAUAUUCUGGUGUUUCUCUAUUCAGUAAAGAAAAGCCUUUAGAUGUCAAGUACGGCAUCAAUAUUAAAGAGCACGACUCAGAGGGUCGGGUCAUUACCGCUGAGUUCGAGAGCUUUUAUGUGAUUACGGCUUACAUACCUAAUUCAGGCAAAGGACUCGUCAGACUUGGUUACAGACAAAAGUGGAACACAGACUUUGAAGAAUACAUCAAAAAAUUGGAUGAAAAGAAAUCAGUUAUACUUUGCGGUGAUCUUAAUGUUUCGCAUAAAGAAAUUGAUUUGGAAAACCCUAAGACUAACACAAAGACCGCUGGAUUUACUAAAGAAGAAAGAGAAGACUUCACACGAUUAUUGUCGAGAGGUUUCAUCGACUCAUUCAGACAUUUAUAUCCCAAUCUUAAGAAGUCAUAUACUUUUUGGUCAUAUAUGCGAAACGCGAGACAAAAGGACAUCGGUUGGAGACUCGACUACUUUGUGGUGUCGAAGACAUUCAUUGACAAUGUCAUCGACAAUCAAAUACGUAAACAAGUGAUGGGAUCCGAUCACUGCCCUAUUGUCUUAUUGAUGUCCAUCUAAUUAUCUGUCAUUAUAUCAAUUAUCUGAUCUCAAGACAUAUCCUAAUCAAUACUUAACAUUGAAAUCAAUCAUAUAUUACGUGAUAAUAGUGUCGUAAUUGUUGUGUAAA